AUUAAAUCAUAAAAGCAGGAGGAAUUGUAUGUUAACAAUGGGAAAAUGCUUUCGGUCCUUUAAGAACUUGCUAACAGUGAAGUACAUUCUUCCUUUCGAAGACCAACCGGAGCUCCUCAAAAGACCACCAAUUCAAUAUACUUUUAUUGAGGAUGAAGAUUGGACAAUAUUUGUCAAAGAUAGAUUGUCUGACAACUUUAAGGAAUAUCGAGAAAUUCAAAAAGAAAGAAGAAAGAGAAACAUUUAUAAUCACCAUCUAAGUAGGAAAGGAUAUGCCGGUCUUGAGGAAGAGAUGAUGGUUGCAAGUGGAUCAACUGAAACUAUUGAUCGAAGCAUAUUGUGGAAGAAAGCAAGGGAAAAAAAGGACGACACCUUUGAUGAAGUGGCCAUACCAGUAAUUGAGAAAAUAGACAAACUAUUGAAAGAGUCUCAAGAGAAUGGUAGAAGUGUUAGUGGAAGUAAUGAUAUACUUGUGGAAGCAUUGGGUACUCCUGAGUAUAGUGGUCGAGUUAGGGCCAAAGGGAAGCACUACACACCUCGCCAAUAUUUCAAUAGUGCUGCAGAUCGUGCUGUCAGGGAUUUCAUAGCAGCAUCUAAAGAAGAACAAAGAAUAUUUCAGGCAGAAGUGCUAGUAAAACUGUCUCAAGUAGGAGUUGUUACUCCCCAAUCUGAUGUUAGCAGUUUAAACAUGAAGCAAAAACAACUUCUCCUACCAGAAGCAGUGGAUAAGCCAAUCCGUAAAGUUGAAGAUGUGACCCCACCAGAAGCAAUAGAACCACAGAAGAAGGUUAGAAAAUGUGAGCUGGCCAUAGGCACCAAGGAAAAUAUAGUGGCAGGUGGAACAAUUAUACUUGAAUGUGGUCCCAACUAUUUAGUAGUUGUUGAUGCUCCUUAUGAUUCAAGUGCACCCCUUCCCAUUCCUAUUCCUGGACAAACUACUACUGUUGGGGCUGCAAUUGGUUACCAAGUUUUGUGGCCAACUGAUUUGGUCAUCAUCCGUACUCCCAUCUUAGCAUCUAAGAAAGCAAAGAAACAAAAAGUAAAUGAAGUUGAAGUCAAAUCCAAGGGUGAAAAACCACAAGAUAUGAAAAUUUUUGAGACAUUGGUUGGCCUCAUGCUGAGUACAUCAAGAACACACCCUAUAAACUUCCCAGAUGAUGUUUUUGGUGAGAGUUUCAAGACCUUCAUGAUGAAAGAAGAUAUGGAAAUGAUAAUAUCAUCAAAAGAAGUGUCCUCCAAUUGUAUUUUAUACUACAUCUGGUAAGGGAUUUUAUAAUUUUUGAAUGACUUUUCACAAGAUUAUGAGAUAGAAGGUUAUUUUCUAAUGACCUAUAAUGAUUGUUGAUAACUUGUCAUGUGGG